UUUUAAGAUACCUAUAAGUAGUUUUUUUUAUUAAAAAAAAAAAAUACUGAAACUUGAGUGUACUGUGUAUGCACGUUACUUUUUUUUCAAAGAAAAUUAAAUGUGUACAUUAUUAAAAUUAACUAUAAAUGUGUAUGUUGAAAAAUAAUUUUAGACCAAUGUAUUACGCGUCAAUUAAGUAAAAAUCCUGGAUCACUAACAAUGUCUACUGUUACAAGUAGUGAUAAUUCAGAUAUAAUUGUUAGUCGAAUUCAGAAUAUAUCUGAAAAACACGAAGAAAUUGGAUCAGAAGAUACAGUACAUAAGGCUGUAACCGUUGUUACUGAAAAAGUUUUGGAAAUUUCAUACGAUAGGAAAAAACUCUCUGAAAUAUCAGCAUCAUCCUCUAGUAGUUCCUCAGAUUCAAGUAGUUCAGAUACAGACACUGACAAUAGUUCAGAUUUGGACGAAGACGAAAACGAAAAAGAACAGAAAAGGUGUGACGAAAAAUUACGAGAAAUCGAAAGUGGUUUUUAUUUAUUAAAAGAAAUGUUGUACAAAGAAAGAAUAAGAGAAGUUGAAGAGAAGUUGGUUGAAGUUAGACUAGGUACAGCUAAAGAAUAUCGUAUUCCUUUACAAGAAUUGCAAGAUCAAAUGAAGUCUCGACUUGAAGUCGCUUCUGUGUUAAGACAAUUUAAAUUAGCAAAUUUAAAACAUAAAUAUGAAGCAGAAGAACAAGCAAUAAGACAAAAUUUUGAGAAUAAUAAAGAAAUUUUGUAUGAUACAAUUAAAGCUGAUUUAGAAGAAAAAAUUCAACGAUUAGAAGAAGCACGCAAUGAAGUUGAUAUAGAUGCUUCACUUUGGUUAGGUCGUAGCUUAACACGAAGUGGACGGGGACGUGGUCGCCGUCCUUAUGGACAUGUACAACCAAAACGCAAACCUGUCAUUAUUUCUGGGCCAUGUAUAGUCUACAUGCUUAAAGAACAUGAAAUACUUGAAGAUUGGACCACAAUAAAAAAGAUACUAUCGUCUUCUAGGCGAAGAGAAAAUGCAGAUCAACGAUAUAAACCAUAUUAAUAGUGUAACAAGGUAUUUCAGAAAGUUCCUUUGUAUUUUUAAGUUGGGGUCUAUAGUUUUAAAUACCAAAAUAAUAAUUUCCAUGUGUUACCAUUAAGUUAAAUUUCUAAAAAGAGACUAUUUUGUUAAAAAAUAUAUAUUAAUUUAAGUGGUGAAUAGAAUGCUUUACAAACCAUGUUCUUAUUUUACCUAUUAAAGAAGUAUACUUUUUUUUGUAAAGAUAUUGUCUUUCUAGACUAUACUUAAUGAUUUUAAUAAUUAAAUUAUACUUAAACUCUAAAAUGCAUAUAAUUUAAUAAGAGUCUAGUAUAAUUUUCUCAUUAUGUUUCCCUUAACUAACAGCAUUUUUU